AUGUCACAUAAUGAAAAUAGUCCACUUAUUGAUCAUUCUUAUUACGAAGACGACGACGAUGAUGAAGAAAUAAGUUGCAUACAAAAAUGGUGCUUAAUAAUUUGUUUUAUAAUUAUAUUGAUAGUAGUGAUACUAAUUUUUAUACCACAGCAAGGUGACAUUGACCAGAAUAUUCCAAGUGACAUUUCAGUGAUUCCGUAUCAAUAUCAAUUAAGUUUUAAGAGUCAUUGGUAUUUUGGUUAUUUGAUUGAAACGCUACCCGUGGAAUUCAAAGAUGAGCAGCCCGAAUAUGUUUUAUUAGCCGAGAUAAUUUCAACUUCAACUUCUUGGACCUUUGGAGAAUAUGAAGUUCGUGAAUACCGUCAUAACAAUACAUCCGGCAAUAUGUUCCCUGUAAAAACUGUUACCUCGUCUUUGAAGGAUAACGCUUAUGUAUCAUUUAAGACAUCAAGCGAUGCGAAUUCAACUGAAUCGUUAGAUCCGGCAACUUGUGAUUAUAUGAUUUCUUUGACUGAUACUCUCACAGGAUAUAUAUAUAGAAAAUGUGCGAAUUCCCAUGAAUUAGAUUAUACCAAAAUUUCUAACGUAAAAGGAUCUACUACUUGGGGAUUAACUUUUUAUGAUGGUGAUGAGAUUUACGCUUUGACCUCCGAAACCCAAUAUUGGUGGAAUAUGAAUAGAAGGGAUGUUGUCGUAACCACAUCUGCACCUUUUCCACAAGUCAUUCCCGCCAUUUACACAGCUUAUUACGAUACAAUCCAACAUAUUCGUGAUACCAAAGGUAGAAGACACUUUCGUUAA